GGUAAAAGGUGGUGAUACUGAUUUAUAUUCAUGUACUUUAAAAAAUUAUCUUGGACAAGAAACUGUUCAAAUGAAAGUUAUUGUUGUUGAUAAACCAGAUACACUCGAAGGACCAUUAAAUAUUUCUGAUAUAAAACCUGAUUCAUGUUUAUUGACAUGGAAACCACCAAAAACUGAUGGUGGUUCACCAAUAACUAAUUAUAUCAUUGAAACAUUUGAUACGAAAAAAGGUGAAUGGCAAAAAGAAUCAAGUUUUUUGCGCUCACCAUUUUAUGAAGUCAGUGGACUUGAUGAAGGUUCAGAAUAUAAAUUUCGUUUUUCGGCUGAAAAUCUUUAUGGACAAAGUAUAUCAUUAGAAUGUGAAAAACCAAUUAUUGCAAAAAAUCCCUAUGAUGCAUCACAAUGUCCAGCUAAUGUUGAAGUUGGUAAACAAACAGAAAAUUCAAUUACAUUAAAAUGGAAUAAACCUAAAAAUGAUGGUGGCUCAAAAAUAACUGCUGAUCAAGUUGAAAUACGUAAACCAGAUAGUGAUGUAUGGGAAAUUGCAAAUGAUUAUUCAAUUAAAUGA